UGUAACAAUAAUUAUGAUUUGUUUCCUAAAUGGGUGUUGCUUUUUUUUUAUUUUCUAGGUGGAUGUGUGGUCUUUAGGAAUCAUAGAAAUGGCAGAAUACGAUCCUCCGCACAUUAAACUCCAUGGUACUGAGAUUUCCGAAAGGAUUAUGAAUGGUCCAGCUCCAGUUAUAAAACUGGAAAUAUGGAGUAAUAGAUUCCAGAGAUUUAUUUAUAAAUGUCUUCAGAAGGAUCCAGCCAACAGACCAUUUGCAAAGCAACUCCUAUUCCACAGAUUCAUCACAUAUAAUCGAGAUGAAGGCGAGGUGCAAUAUAGCAUAGCAGAGCAUAUAAAGAAAGGUAAUGUAUUUCUCAAUAAAAAAAUGGAGAAAUUGCAUCACAUGCAUGCAAAAUCUGCCCCUAAGUAUCGAUGCUUUUAG